AUGGUCUCUCAUCGUCGACAAAUAAUUGAUCUCUGCCGAUCCCUUGGUUUGUCUGAAAAAAGGCCAAGUGUAAUUGAAGUUCUGGUGAAUAAUAGAAGGCAAAUUGAUGUAGUUAACCUGGCCUUUGCAUUUGGGCUUACAGAGCAGUUCUCACUUGUACCUUUACUGAAAUCUUACUUGGAGGAGGCAAGAAAAGCUUCUUCACCUGCCUGGCCUGGAAAUGAUUCUCCCACUACUCGUGUGUUCUUUACUCCACUGAUUCAAGGUGAUAGCCUUGAUCGAAGCAGAUUAGACCAGCUUUCUUACCAGUUAGCUGUUGGCUUGGGGACUGAGGUUAGUGAGCAAGAGUUGACUACUCUUAAGGCUGUGAUCAAGUGCAUUGAGGAGCAUAAUCUUGAGGAGCAAUACCCUGUUGAUCCACUUCAGAAGUGGUUUUAG